AUGACAUUCUCUUGCGACCUCAACUCAACUUUACAGAGUCAUUCAAGUCCUCUCUAUCAUCAUGUCGGACCGUUCACGGUCAUCUCAACGAAUCCACCCGUAUCUACCAUACAGCGCGCCACCUCUCAAGCCUCCCCAGCUGGUAGUGUGAUAGGCUCACAAAGUGAUCUUGAGAGUGUGAUAUACUACGGUUCAGAGCCUCAAUUACAGAACCCUUCUGAGCAAGAGGCACUCAACGUCUCAAUCAAGGCCCUUCCAUGGGUGGAGCGUGACUGCCUGGAAUGGGUGCACAAGAAUCUUGUCUUAAAAAUGUUCCAGGAAGGCAGACUAGCCCAAUGUGCUGAGGGCUUCAUGCAUCUUUACAAAUUGGAUCCUAAAGAAAAAACCUUGACGUCAAAGGCCCAGAAAAAAUAUAGGGAGGCACGUAGGAAUCAAAUCACGGAGCCAAGACAAAUCUUCCAGUACUUCCUGCAUGGCAUCCGGGCUGGUGAUGCAACUGCUACUGUUAUAAUGUUUGGCAAUCCCUCAGUAGUCAAGACACACAUUCAACACUAUUAUCAUGACUCAAAGUCACUGCUGUGGGAUGAAAGCAUACUCGCGCAGAUCACGACAACUCCCAUUCCUGGGUAUGCAACAUCGGCCACUGGGGUCCUAUGCGCCAUUGACCGCAAGGUCGAAGGGCGGAUGUUGGGGACAGGGAACCAAACUGCAAAGUGUUUCAAUGCAAACCCCUACUUUGAUAACCAACACGAGUUUCAACAAAAAAUGACACUCGCUUCCCAGCAUGACCUCCACAAGGAGCCAUUCAAAAAACUUUUACUCGAUAUCCACCUUCAAGGACUGCAGGAGAUGAGGCGUGUGCAGAGCCAGGGCACCUCGCCGCCUCCAUUCAAACCUCUGUACAUUCCACAGACAUCAGCGGAAAUGAUGAUUCCGCUGGAAUUACUGGAGCGUGAUACCCCACCCCCCACCAAGCCCAAGAUCUUGCAAGGUACUACCUUGACUUAUUUGGAGCAGCCUUCCCUUGAGGUGCAACAACCUUCCCUCAAGUUGCAACAGCCUUCCCUCGAGUUGCAACAGCCUUCCUAUCAUCCGCAGUUGCUGCACCAGCAGAUGAACUGA